CGCUCUCAACGUUUCCGCGCUCGGCACUGGCGAAAGAGUUCUCUCUGUCAGAUAGGAGAGCAUUUAAAUUUUCGUCGACGCCAUAUAUCGGUUUCCCCUGCCCUUCGGAGACACGACCAUCUGCCUCUCCCCCUACUCAACGACAAUCAUGGUUAGUAGUCAUACCUGGGAACGAUAUGGCCGCUCACUAGCUGCGCCACAGUCCGCAGACACGGUUAACGGGCUCCUCCUCGCCUCAUCCGAGUCCGCCGCCACAGGUUGCACAGACGCGAACUACGUAUUCACGCCUACGCAAGACUGGUUUUCGUUCAACGAAGAUCGUUGGCGAUCUCUCUUCCCGCUAGUGAAGUCGACUGCCCCUCGGGCCCUAGAGAUUGGUUCGUGGGAAGGCCGUUCAGCCGUCUUCCUCCUGACCGAGCUCUGUGCUCGAGGCGGGUCUCUCACCUGCAUCGACCAUUUCGACCUCAUGCAAACUGCUGCAGGGCGCGAGCGCUACGAGAAGGUCGUGCGCAAUCUCUCCAUGACCGGAAAGCCCUUCCGCGUCAUGGAGGGAUUCAGUACUCCGAUGCUCAUGACAAUUCUCCAGGAGGAGAUGACGGCUAUUCAGCCGGGUUUCGACUGGAUCUACGUCGACGGGUCUCACGAAGCGGACGAUACCUUCCUUGAUGCUGAGAUGGCGUGGCGGCUCGCGAGGAAGGGCGCGGUCAUUAUCUUCGACGACUACCGUUGGGACAAGGAGCCUGAAGACAGCGAUCACCACCCCAAGCGCGGCAUCGACACCUUCAUGACCCUCCACGCUGCGCAAUUCGACGUCAUCUCCAGUCCAACAGAGUAUCAAAUGAUCCUUCAGAAGAAGUCAGAGAUGCGCAUUGGCUUCCUGGUCAAGGGCGCAACCUCGCCAGAGACACCCAUUUAUCAUGACCUCCAUAUUGUGCUCACUAUCGAUUCGGCGUUCGCUAUGCCUGCGGCUGUCGCGAUUCAGAGCAUCCUUAGCCAGACGACAGGCCGCAUCACGCUUUAUAUCGUCGAUUUGGGCCUGUCUUCCUCCGACCGGGCACGUUUGCGACGUCUCGCAGCGGCAGACUCGCCCCUCGACGUCACCAUGGUGUUCCUCUCCCUUCCCGAGGACGAUCCUCUGGGAGGUAUGGGACCAACAUGGGCGAAGAUCGCGAUGAUCCCGCAGACGGUGUUGCCCGUCGAGCGGGUGCUAUACCUCGAUGCAGACGUGCUCGUCCGCGCUGAUCUGCGCGCGCUCUGGAACACUGACCUCGGCGGGAAGCCCAUCGGUGCGACGGCCGACGUGGGCCACCCCAUGGGACACGCGGAUGUGGAGCGGGGGCCGUACUUCAAUGCCGGCGUACUACUUCUGGACUUGGCCAAGGUCCGCGCGGUGCUGCGAGAGCUCUUCGACGCGUGUCGUCAACGCAAGGACUCGCUGCACAGGGACCAGGACGCCCUCAACGUCGUCUUUCGCGACGAGUGGCACCCGCUCGACCUGAAAUGGAACGCCCAAGGCCUCGGCACGUACGCUGAUUCGGUAUCUGUCGACCGCGAUGCCAUGGAUGUGGCUGCCAUGAAGGCAGACCCCGCCGUCGUCCACUUCACCGGUCCCGUCAACCCUGGCAUGGCCGAGGUUCUCAAUCCGUACGUGCAACCUUACACGUCCAAGCCGUGGGGCUAUGCGGGAGCACCAGGACAUCCGUUCGCAGGGGAAUGGUGGUCGGCGUUGGAGACGACGGAUUGGCGGGGCUGGCGGGGCUCUACGGAGUAUUCAGAAUAUUGUGUUCAGAAGCGAGAGGACGCGGAGCGAGCAGGGGUGGACGCAUUUCAACAAAGGAUAGGCGGAUCUAGAGCAUGAGGAAGGAGAUCAGCAGAUCCGCUUGGCAGAAGAAGCAUGCCGCACGCGCACGUGGCGCGACUAGUAAGUACGAGCUGCCUUAGCACAUGCCAGGUACCAUAGGACGAUGAUGUGCUGCCAGACUCCUUUCAGCAUGAACACAAUUGGCACCCGAUUAUGUUUGUCGUGAAUGUCAGCCUGCUCAGGCAUCACGUUAUUGCAUCGUCUUGUUUUGUGUACGUGUACAACUUGCUGAAUAAUAACUAACAUAUCGUGGAACAAGAGGCGUGUCCAUCCAGUAUAUGCGAGCGAGAAAACAAGUGAGGCGAUCGAUAGGUGCGGCGGUCAGCGCACGAGGCAGCGCUGCGGAGUAUAAUAAGGCCGUUUACCAAUCGCCGCCGUCAUUGCCAUUGUCGCCGUCAUUGCCACCGAAGUCGUCGUCCUGCUGCCCGUUAUCAAAGCCUGUGAAUGGCACCGGAAUGUCAGAGUGUCAGGCAGCUGGAUAACCGGCCCGUAGGGCACACAUACCUUGAUCAUAAGCCUGUUCCUCGACGUGGUCUUCGUGAUUCUCAAACGCAUCAGCCAAUAGGGCACCGCCGAGCAGACCGGCACCGCCUGAGACGUGAAAAUGAGGACACGAUCUAUGGUUGUGCCAAACGAUUAUCCACAUACCUGCUAAGACCGUGGUGCCCAUACCCAUGCCGUGCUUCUUAGGGGGAGGAGGAGCCUGUUGGUAGGCGGCUUGCGGUUGCUGCUGCUGCGGGCGGUUGAACCAGCCUAAAGCACGCGAUGAGUUGUCAUCGCGCAGCUGAAUGGCAACAAGGUUUCUGACCGCGGUCCUCCUGGCCAUAGCCACCUCCACCAUAGCCUCCCUGUGGUGGAGGACUGCUGUACCCUCCACCAUAGCCGCUACCGCCUGGGGGUCCCCACUGGUUUUGCGGUGGCGGACCGGAGUUGUAACCACCUUGAGGAGGGUAGGGGGAAUUGUUGUUCCAGCCACGGUUAUCUGGCGGUGGGGGACCAGAUGGUGGUGCAAAGCCCUGCGGAGGACGAGGGGAUCCAGGUGGCCCAGCCGGAUGUACCCAAGAUGAUUGCGGAGGGCUAACGCCGGUAUUCACAUAGAACCUACGCCCGUGUCAGUAUCCAUAAUGCAAAGAAUCAUAUUGACUCAUAUUUACCAUGUGUUGUAACUAGACGAUGCGAGGCGAUCGUUAGACUGAGGGCACUCGAGGUAGACCGAGGCACUUACUUCACAUCGUACUGUUCCAUCCAGCCCGGAGGCAGAGGACGCGUGUCUGGGUUGCGAGGAGGGCCUCCAUACGGCGAAGACAUUGUGCAGAUCGAUGUGAGAGUGAGAGAGCGUUAGGAAGGAGAAAUCGGUAGCCUGGCGACGUUCUUAUAUAGGACCAACGGCCGGUCGGCCAGCGAUGUCAUCUCGCUCACCCACAUCCAUAAGCGGUGUUCUGCUGCAGUAUUCUCUCCAUUCGGACCAAAAGUUCAAAACGCGACUCAGAUUCCAGCACUGCGCCACCGACCCGUGAUGACCCUGGCCGCCGGGGAGACACAGCAAUAU